CAACGAAACAUCAAGCAGUGAUGGAGGACGAAGAGAUGGACGAGGACGUCUUCUUAGACGAAACCCUCCUCCAUGAAGAAGAAGAAGCACUACUUCGCGACGCAGAUGAGCGACAAGCUAAACAAUUGGAGAUUGAUUAUGUGAUCGGAGAUAGUCACAAGGUGUUAAUGCCGAAAGCGUCUGGCCCAGCUGCUAUUCUCAGGAUAUUUGGUGUUACCAGGGAGGGACACAGUGUUUGCUGCCAUGUUCAUGGAUUUGAGCCAUAUUUCUACGUUAGCUGCCCCCCGGGCAUGGGCCCUGAUGAUAUCUCCCGCCUUCAUCAAAUUCUUGAGGUGAGGAUGAGGGAAUCAAAUAAAAACAGUAAAGUUCCCAAAUGUGUUCUACGGAUCGAGAUGGUGCAGAAGAGGAGCAUUAUGUAUUACCAACAACAGCAGUCUCAUCCUUUCCUUAAAAUUGUGGUUGCAUUGCCAACAAUGGUUCCCAUGGCUCUACGUUUCAUGAUUGAUUGUAAUAUUGUUGGAGGUAAUUGGGUUGAGGUUCCUGUUGGAAAAUAUGUGAAGACAGAAAAAAAUUUGUCCUAUUCCCAGCUGGAGUUUGACUGUCUGUAUUGCGACAUAAUAAGCCAUUCUGCUGAAGGGGAAUUUUCAAAAAUGGCUCCAUUCCGCAUCUUGAGUUUUGACAUUGAGUGUGCUGGUCGAAAAGGGCUCUUUCCUGAGCCCAAGCAUGAUCCUGUUAUUCAGGUGGCCAAUCUAGUCACUUUACAAGGGGAGAAUCAGCCAUUUGUGCGCAAUGUCAUGACCCUGAAGUCGUGCUCUCCAAUAGUUGGUGUUGACGUGUUGUCAUUUGACACAGAAAGAGAUCUUUUGCUUGCUUGGAGGGUAAUUUGUUUCUGUCUCAUUAGUAAGUUGCCAGUCCCCAAGGCAAAGGGUGUCAGGAUACUAUAUUCCAUGUACCAAGAACAACUUGGAACGAGGGAGAGUAAAGAAGUUACAAUUGAAGGGAGAGUUCAAUUUGAUUUGCUUCAGUGUAUGCAGAGGGAUUAUAAGCUAAGUUCAUAUUCAUUGAAUUCUGUUUCCGCACACUUUCUUGGAGAGCAGAAAGAGGACGUUCACCACUCUAUAAUAUCUGACCUUCAGAAUGGGAACUCAGAGACUAGAAGACGGCUUGCUGUUUAUUGCUUGAAGGUUAUCUAUGGGGACACUGAUUCAGUAAUGGUACAAUUUGGUGUGUCCAAUUGCCUUGGGAAGCCCAUCAAACUAGAGUUCGAGAAAGUUUAUUAUCCAUAUCUACUGAUUAGUAAGAAGAGAUAUGCUGGGCUCUUUUGGACAAAUCCAGAUAAGUUUGACAAAAUGGACACCAAAGGCAUCGAAACUGUUCGAAGGGACAACUGUCUACUGGUUAAAAACCUAGUGACUGAAUGUCUGCACAAAAUAUUAAUUGACCGAGACAUACCUGGUGCUGUCCAGUAUGUUAAGAACACCAUUUCAGAUCUUCUUAUGAACCGCAUGGAUUUGUCACUUUUGGUUAUAACUAAGGGUCUGACAAAAACAGGCGAUGAUUAUGCAGUAAAGGCAGCACAUGUUGAACUUGCUGAACGUAUGAGGAAGCGAGAUGCUGCCACGGCUCCAGAUGUUGGGGAUCGUGUUCCAUAUGUCAUCGUCAAAGCUGCAAAAGGUGCAAAGGCAUACGAGAAGUCAGAGGAUCCAAUAUAUGUACUGGAGAAUAACAUUCCGAUAGACCCUCAAUACUACCUCGAAAAUCAAAUUAGCAAGCCGCUUUUGAGAAUUUUUGAGCCGAUUCUAAAGAAUGCAAACAAGGAACUUUUCCAUGGCAGUCACACUCGAUCUGUUUACAUUUCAACUCCCUCUAACAGUGGUAUAAUGAAAUUUGCUAAAAAACAGCUCAGUUGCCUUGGAUGCAAAGCUCUAAUUAGAGAUGCAGACCAUGCUCUCUGCUCACACUGCAAGGGAAGGGAAGCAGAACUGUAUUGUAAAACAGUUGAUAAUGUGCGUGAGUUGGAGACGCUUUUUGGGAGGCUAUGGACACAGUGCCAGGAGUGUCAAGGCUCUCUUCACCAGGAUGUGCUUUGCACGAGUCGGGAUUGUCCCAUAUUUUAUCGGAGAAAGAAGGCACAGAAGGACAUGGCUGAAGCUAAGAUGCAAUUGGAUCGGUGGAAUUUUUGACCCCAUCAUUCAGUAAUGCUCAUGUUCUCUAAUACCAGUAAUGACCCCAAAUGCCAGAGCUCUUGUUGCAUGCAUCCUGGCAUUGGUUAUUCUACUUGUGAAGGACGGUUCUGCCAACGGAUGGAAUGCUUCAGAGAUAAUUUCAGAGAUAUGCUGCUCAGAAUUAAUUCACUGGCAUUAAUUUGUGACAUAUCACAGAAUCACCCAGCUUCCUUUGAAAUUCUGAGUAGUGAAAAAUGCAGGCAUAAACACUUGUAUGGUGUAAAGGGGGGGGGGUGAAUAUUGUGAGCUGAUGUUUCUCUGCAGAUGUCUUAACCGUUGUUUGUUAACUGAGGGUACCUUGGUUUCUUGGAUCAGUUGUACCUAAGACCUCUUGUCUGCCCAUCUAGAAUUAGUCAGUUAUUUGUUUAUUUUUGGUUUAAGUUGUAAAACUACUAUUUGCGGAGUAUGUAUAUAAGUCGAGUCUCAACUACUCAUGUUAGCAAAUGACUGAUGCUAAAGAGAGCCAUUGUACCUUUUCAGUAAAUCUUGGGGCUUGAUGUUGAUAA